AUGGUUUGGGGAUUUGUGAGACUGUGUUUUUUUACGUUAAUUGUAAAAGCUGAGUUCAUUGAACUUAACACAGAAGAGGGAAAAAUUUUAGGACAGACAUUUCUUACAGAGGAACUACAAAAUACAUAUUACGCAUUUCAAGGAAUUCCAUAUGCAGAAAAACCGCAUAGGUUUCAGGAGCCAGUGCAAAAAAUGCCUUGGAAUAAUACUUUAAACUGUACUUAUGAUAGAGACGAAUGCGUCCAAGGACUAAACCCGAUUACGGGCUCUGAGGACUGUUUGUACUUGUCUGUUUACUCUCGAAAUAGUACACUCAGUAAUUUUCUAGCCGGCAUACAAUUUGGAGUCGUGGAAGAAAUACCUCAUGCAGCUGCAUUUUACACUGGAAGAGCAGAUGAAUUGUUUGCUAGUGGAAACUUCCAACAAGUUCCUAUUUUAGCAGGUUUUACUUCAAAUGAACUUGCAGGUGUUGCUGAUCCUAACAAUGCUGGUGCACAACAUGGAGAAGAUGUUGGAUAUUUGUUUCGUACAUAUAACAGAAAUACAUCAAAUGAAGAUAAAAUAAUAAGAAAGCGAAUGGUUUUAAUGUGGUCAAAUUUUUGCAAAUUUGGUAAACCUAUUCCUUCACCAGAAUCCGAUCUAGACAACGUCAACUGGCUUCCUGCUUCCAGUAGCUCCCCGCCAUUUCUAAUGAAUAUUGACUUACAAAUGGGACAGACCGCCAAUCCAUAUCAAAGUCAUCUAAAUUUUUAUGAUACUCAAAUAUUUAGUACUACUUCAGUUACUGGUUCGGAAGAUUGUUUAUAUUUAUCUGUUUUUUCUCCAAAUUUAACAGGCAAUGCUCCAGUCCUUUUUUGGAUCCACGGUGGGGCAUUCAUUGCUGGAAGUAUCUCUUUUGAUUCCUCUAAACCAGAUCAUUUUAUUAAUCAAAAUGUAGUUGUAGUAACAGCGCAAUACAGAUUAGGAAUUUUUGGCUUUAUGAGCACUGGGGAUCUAGUCUGUCCAGGAAAUCUUGGACUAAAGGAUCAAGUGAUGGCACUCGAUUGGACCAGACGAAAUAUUCAACAUUUCGGAGGUAAUCCAAAUGACAUUACAAUAGGCGGCCUUAGUGCCGGUGCUGGAUCCGUUGGUUAUCAUCUACUUUCUCCAAAAUCAAAAGCUGUUACUGAAGCCGCAUUAGCCAAUCUUGAUUUGAAGCCUUGGAAUUUGGUUCCUGCAAGUAUAAAUCUUAGUGAUUAUAAAAGAGCUUUAGCAUCAGCUAAAAUUAAAGCUAAAUUUUUUAAUAUAUCUCUGCCCAUGUCUACGCAAGUACCACAAGCAAUACAGUUUUUCAACGUCGAUUUAUUUGGAAAAGCCACCGAUCGUCUAGUACGAAAUGUAGGUCCAUAUGUAAAUUGUUAUUAUUAUUCAUUUAAUUACCAGGGAACUUUAGGAGGAGUAACAAUGAGAUGUAGUGAUGGAGCCCAGCAUGGAGAAGAUUUGCCAUAUCUGUUUAUCACUAAUAAUAUAACUCCAACUUAUAACGACCUUAUAAUAGUUCAGCGUAUGACCACAAUGUGGUCAAAUUUUAUUAAAAGAGGAGAUCCUACACCUGACCCAGUUUCUGACCUUUUGCCAGUCAAAUGGUUGCCUUCAUCCGUUAGUGAUCCUCCGCUUUUAAUGAAGAUCGAUUUAGACAUGGGAUACAUUGCACAGCCAUACUUAAACUAUUAUUCGUUUUAUAGAAACCAAAUAUUUUCACUUGGACCAUAUAGUACUACCUACUGA